UGUAUUUGUUCUUUAGUCGAGCAUAGGAAUGUGUAAAUGUGUUUAACAGAAUUACUACACUGUACACGGUACAAAAAGAUGCUAAUAUGUAACAUUUUUUCAAAUUGUGGUAAACGCAUGUGCACGUGACGAAAUAAUUCUGCACUAAUGGCGACGAACGCGCAAACUCAGAUUGAUUUUCUUCGGUCAGCUGGCGUUGGUCGCAUCCGAACGAUGUGGUUAACAUUUCGUACGAAUUUCGACGGCCGAUUUCAGCUGCGGUGCGCACGAGAUGGCAAGGAGGUACUCGAUAAAACGAAAUCAGGAAAGGAACAAGAAAGCUCGAUUGUAAAUGGUGAUCAAGAAUCGUCGGUUUCACACACAAAAAAAUAUCAUGAUCUCCUCACCACCGUCCAGCACCAGCUCCGCGUACGCUAGUACCGACGAUGUUCGUCAGUACUAUGGCAACGACAAACGAAACUUCCUCGAUUCGGACGACGUCGGAACCGCUCGGCUCUUGCGUUCGUAUUCGCCUGGUCGCAACAGAACGAGUAGAUUUUUCACGAGACACUUUGUCAACAAGUUUUACCUUACCACAAAAAAUAUUGUAAUAGCCGGUAUAGUAUUAGCAACGAUGAUUCUUGCGGUAAUAGCAGUUUGUAGUAUUUAUGGAAUCAAUAGAGAGUUGGAAAAUCAGGAAAACGAAAAAAUACCACCUGAUCCAGAAACGCCAUUACCUCCAUCAUGGAGCCAAACGAGAGUUUUCAAACGUGGUGCUGUUUGCGCGGAUGGCGCUCCAUGCGCUGUUGUUGGCAAAUCGAUGUUAGAAAGAAAUGGUUCGGCGGUAGACGCUGCUAUAGCUUCAAUGAUUUGCAACGGUCUUGUGAAUAUGCAGAGUAUGGGUAUUGGGGGUGGAUUCUUUAUGACAAUUUACGAUAGAACGGCAGGACGUGCAUACACGUUGAUCGCAAGGGACCGGGCUCCAUUAGCAGCCAAUGCUACCAUGUACGAUGGAAAACCUAGAGAUGCAUCAUUUAUCGGUCCGUUGGCCAUCGGUACUCCCGGAGAAGUAGCAGGCUACUGGGAAGCUCACAAACGUUUUGGUAAAUUACCAUGGGCCGAUUUAUUUAAACCCUCGAUCGAAUUGUGCGAAGAAGGAUACAAUUUAACAGAAAUCCAAUACGACGGAUUCAAAUAUAACGCACAGAAUAUUCAUAAGGAUCGUAUAUUAAAACAGUUGUUCGUCGAUCCCGAGACCAACGAUUUCUAUAAACCAGGAUCAAAUAUCAAGCCAAAGGUACUUUGUAAGACUCUGCGGAUAAUCGCGGAAAAAGGCGCAUUAGAAUUAUACAAUGGCACCAUAGGCAAGCUUUUAGUGAAAGAUUUACAAGAGAAAGGAUCGAUAAUAACGAUGGAAGACUUAAAUACUUAUAGAGCUACGUGGGAAGAACCAAUACAGACGAAUAUCUCCAACGGAGUAAGAGUUUACACCGUUGGUAUGCCUGCCAGCGGAGCUCUGCUUACAUACAUCUUAAAUAUUUUAGAUAAUUUUCAUUUCACGUCCGAUAGCACCGCUGAUUACAACCGAACAAUUCUUACAUAUCAUCGGAUGAUAGAGACAUUCAAAUACGCUUAUGCGUUGAGAAACGACAUGGCUGAUAAAGAUUUCGUCGAUAUGGAAGAAUUAACAGAGAACUUGACAUCCAGGAGUUACGCGUACAAAACUCGCAUAAAGAUUGACGAUCAUAGAACGUGGGAUGAUCCAACGCAUUACGGAGCAUCUACCCUAAGCAGCGCGAAAGAUCAAGGAACCGCGCAUGUUUCAGUAUUAGCGCCAAACGGAGACGCAGUAUCAGCCACUAGUACUAUCAAUCUCUAUUUCGGAAGUGGAGUUACUAGUGAAAGUACUGGAAUAUUACUAAACAACGCAAUGAAUGAUUUCGGUGUACCAUCAACGGUCAACUACUUUGGCGUUCCACCUAGUCCAAACAAUUACAUUGCGCCUGGAAAGAGACCUGUAUCAUCGAUGGUACCCUCGAUUUUGGUUGACGCGAAUGGUGACGUGAAGAUGGUUAUCGGUGCUUCCGGUGGCACCAAGAUCACCACGACCGUUUCUCAAAUAAUUGCCAAGAUUAUGUGGAUGGGACAAACGGUGAAAGAAGCCGUGGACGCACCGCGAAUACAUCAUCAAUUGUUUCCAUCGGAGAUAUCCUACGAAUACGGUAUUCAAAAGCAAGUGGUAGAUGGUUUGAAAAAGAUAGGUCACAAAACCUCGAGGUACAGAGUUCGUGGCAGCGUAGCGUGCGUAAUUUGCGUCGUUAAUAAUACAAUUUACGCGAACGCAGAUUUUCGAAAAGGCGGCGACGUGUAUGGACUCGACUGAAUGAUUAUUAAUAAUACGUAAACAGUAUCUUCCAAUAUAAGGUACGGGUCUUUAAACUUAAGAGUUCAUCCACAAGUAUUGUUUGAUUCUUCGAUGCUAAAUUUUUAAAAUCUUUGACCUUAAUAAUAUACGAAAUCGUUUUAAACAAGAACU